AACCUUCAAUUUUCCAAUGGGUAUUCUUCCAAAAGGUGCUUUAGGGUAUGAAUUGAACGAAAAAACAGGAAGUUUCAAGGCGUUUUUAAAUGGGAGUUGUAGUUUUUCAUUAGAAGGGUCUUAUCAGCUGAAAUAUAAGCCUACAAUUAGUGGGUUUAUCUCAAAAAACAAGCUUACUAAACUUACUGGGGUUAGUGUUAAGGUUUUCUUCGUUUGGUUGAAUAUUGUUGAAGUUAGAAGGGCUGAUGAUGAACUUGAGUUUUCUGUUGGAAUUGCUUCUGCUAAUUUCCCUAUUGAUAAUUUCGAGGAGUGCCCGCAAUGUGGGUGUGGAUUAGAUUGCGUCAAUCAUGUUGAAGAUGAUCAGGUUAGGGUGAUUAAUGAUGAUAUUAGGUCUUCUGUUUCUUCGAUUUGAGGGUUUUAAUUUGUGGGUUUGUUUUGUUUUGGGUUAAUUUUAAUGGUUUUUUUUUUGCCUUUUGUUGUUGGAUCUUGCUGUGAUUAAGCAAGAAAGAUUUAAAUUAACCCUUGUUGUAUGUAAAUUUGGACAACGAGAAAUUAUGAUCAUAAAUCUGUUUUGCUUUAA